AAAGGCUAAUAAAAAACUAAGAUCUGAAACUGUCAACUUCAAGUAUUUGAUGGAGUAAAAUUUGACACAAAUUUUUGCAGAUCAGCACAAGAGUGUUUGCUAUAUGUAUGCAAAGUUAGGUUAAAAAACCGGAUUAGCGCAGUCUUUGUCAAAAUGGUCAUGGAAGAGGAGCAAUCACACAUGGAGCUGGCAUCUGAGUCAGUGCCAGUACCUCGAUUAAUAAAUUCAGUUGAGCCAAUAAACAAUGACGAGAACAUCGAUCCACCGAAAAAGAAACCCCGUUUCAGAAAGAAGGCACUACACGCAGCUAUACGCAAGCAAAUGGAAUUUUAUUUUGGAAAUUCUAACCUGAUGAAGGACAGAUUCCUAGGAAACCUGACUAAAAAAGAUCCUUAUGUUGACCUGGAUAUUUUCUUACGCUUCAACAAGAUCAGAGCUCUGACUACAGAUGUUAAUGCAAUAGUACGAGCUCUGCAAAAAUCUGAGAUGUUAUCUGUAUCUGAGGAUGGAACUAAAGUUUGCAGAGUUACACCAAUCUUACCAAAAGAGAAUAUAGAUGAAUGUACCAUUUACGUCCAAAGAUUACCCUUGAACGCUGACCACGAAUGGCUGACCAAUGUUUUCAGUCAAUAUGGUGCUGUUGCUUAUGUGUCUAUACCACGAUACCAGAGUAACAAGAGGAUCAAAGGUUUUGCGUUUGUGGAAUUUGAGGAACCGAGUAGUGCUGCAAAAUGUAUUGAGGAAUUUCGAGAAAAAGGUUGUGUGUUGCCAUCCCAAACUUCGCCAGAAUCCUUAUUAAGUAUUACAACAUUUCACGAACAAGAGGCCUUGGAAAAAAAUGCUCAGCUAGAAACUAAUCAUGAAACAGCUGAUAUAAAUCAUGAAGCAGAAGGCGUAAAGCUUGAGACUGUCAAAUCCAAGAUUCAGCAAAAAGCUUCAGAAGAAUCUAUGGAAGUCUCAAAUGAUGAUGCUGAGUUUAAAACUGAUACAAGACCUAUUCAAGUUGAAAUCGACAAAUCACCAGAUUUAGAUGUGAGUAAAUUAGGUGAGAAAGAGAUUACCAGUAAGAAGCAAAAACACAAGAAUUCAGAAAUGGAGGAUAAUGAUGAAAAACUAGUUGAACAAAGAUCAAAGAAGCAAAAGACCCUUCAAGUCUCAAAAGAAGAUCAGACUGAAUCGCCAAAUGAAGAUAUUGAUAAACAAAAUGAGGCUAGCACAGAUUCUGAGAAAGAGAAGAAGUCUAAAAAACGAAAGCAGAGAAGUUCCUUGACCACAAAGCAUAAAGAAGUUUCGGAAUCUGUAGAAGAGAAGAACGACACUCGUCCAGAAAAGGUCAACACAGAUGAGUUUGAUGAAGUUUUCAUUGAUAACCAAGCUGCAGACGAGAAAGAUCAGAAGAAGAAAAGGAAACGCACGAGGCAUAACAGAUCAGAAAAAUUGGAUACUGCGGAUAUUGGAAUGCAAAUAAUGGCCAAAAAGGAUUGGAAAAUACUUAGAAACAAGUACUUAGAUUUACAAAGAAGUAAGAUGAAAUCAUUGAAAGCACAUCUGAAGCGUGCCAGAUGGAAUCAAUGGAAUAAUUAUGAGAAGUUCAGAGAAAGUGAUAAAUGCAAAGUAGUAAAAGAGGAAAAUAUAGAGAAUAGGGAUGAGCCAAAAACUCAAAAAUCAGCUGAAAGAUUUACGUUUACUCCUGGCGUGAUAGUCAGAGUUGAGUUAGACGAGCCAUGCACUGAUACAAAAAGUUUUAAGAUGGAAUUAAAACGGAACCCUAACAUAAAGUAUAUUGACAUUAUUGAUGGUGCAUCAUUAGCUUUUCUCAGAUGUGAUACACGCGAAGCUGCUAAGGCACUUGUGUUACAAUCGAAUGAAGAGAGGUCGAUGAGCAUUUUGCAAGAUACGGAGGAGGCAGAAUAUUGGAAGAAAAUGUCCAGGGAUCGAGAAGAGAAAUUAGGAAACAAAGUAAGAGUAAAGCAGAGGGGACGGGAUAAAUUACUGAAAAAAGCUGAAAAAGAAUUAGGUAAACACAUAAAAUUCGAUGAAGUAUAAAUCUGAAUCACUUCCUAUCUGAUGUAAAUACGAAGUUUUGGAAAUAAUAAAAAAUGCGCAUUUUGAACUUU